AAAUAAUACAAAUGUUAAGUACACAUCACGAAAAAAAUACCAAUCAUUCCACUGAUUGUCAUGUUGACAACAAAUCAGAGGAAUCGGUUAAUCAAAUAAGCAUAACAAGUGAUUCACUAGAUAACGAUAAUGAUCAUAUUAAAUGUCCAAUCGAUCAAUAUUUCAAUGCUGUUCAUAUAUAUUCAAAUGAAUAUUUUAUAAAUUUAACGUGUUCAUUACGCUCUUUACUAGUCAAAAUGUAUAUCAAGUCAAAUCGUUUUCAA